AUGGACAUCGACGACAUCCUCAGGGAAGUCGACCCGACCUUCCAUGCCGUGCCACAAGAAAAGCGUAAUCUUCAAGAGUUAACGCGUGCCUGGAUUGCCGAGCGAUCAGCGCCCGAGCUUCUCCCCUGGCCGGCAGAUGGCCUCUUCGAACGCGUCAAUGAUAGUAUCAAGCGCCAGAUCGAAAAGGUCGAGGAGAUGACCGGCGACAUGGACCCCAAGACCAACUUUGCUCUCAUCGUCAUACAAACCGAACUGGAGCGCUUCAAGUACCUCGUUCGAAGCUACCUCCGCGCUCGAAUUUCAAAGAUAGACAGACACACUCUACACUACCUCUCGACCGACGCGCUGAGAGCCCGACUUUCCGAAAUGGAGCUAGCCUAUGCGACCCGUCACCAGGCUCUUCUUCACAACCACUACCUCUCGUCGUUCCUCUCUUCCUUUCCUUCAGCCUUGCAAAACCUCAACGACUCGGCGGGUAUCAACAUGGUGGAAACUCCAGAUCUUGAGUCGGCCGUGUUCAUCAGGCUGCUAAAGGACACUUUGGUCGAAGGGCGCGGUGUUGACUCGGACGGUGCCAUGGACGGGCGAGAAAGCGAUAUCGUCAUUUUGCGAUGGGCCGAUGCAAAGACCCUGGUAGAAAAUGGAAGCGCAGAACUGGUGUGA